UCCCUAUUGGCAAGGUGGCACCAGGUGACUUCGUCGUUACGCGAUCGUCCCGCGAUCACUCGUUAAGUUCGCCUUCAAACAGUCGGGCAAUUCGUGAAACACUUCUAUGUAGCCCGUUCAAUUUUUCUCGACCGAUCCAAGUACUACGCGACGACUCGUUACGAUUUCAUUCUUUUUUUUGAGAAAGAGAGUUCGUGACUCGAGCGAAUAGCGAAUUUCCCGACUUUCGAACUUUUAGUGAAUAUUUUCGGCAAUCGCAAGUGCGAAUAUGAUUCACGAUUAAUCUUGCCAUCCUGGUCCUGUCAAUUUCAUUUGAAAAAUACGAACGAUAUCACGAUACAAAAAAUUAAACUGUGCAAUUUGGUGCACUCUCAUAUACGUAAUAUUUUUCGACUUAACAAUCUUGUUAGAGGGGAGAAAUGAGAACGAUUGUGAGAAUUUGGACGAUUCUUAGUCUGAUCGGUCUGUCGUAUGCAGACAAGUCGUCAGUCAUCUUAACGCCUUCAAGCAAUCUCGGCACUUUCGAAGAGGAAGACAUACUAUACGUGCUUUCGCGUAACAAGACUGAUACAAAAAACUUCACUUUUAUCGAGUUAAUCAGCAGCCUUGGCAAUUAUACAAUAGACGCCGAAAAGCAUGUAUGGAAUCAUGGUGAAUUGGAAAUGUAUCACACGAAUCCGCAUUAUGAAAAUUUUCCCGGAGAAAUCGAUCUCGAGGCACACAGAUUGUUGCAAAUCCUCCCUGCUUUUGAUCCUGGUGCAGGUGAUGUCAGCGCGGAAUGCAAACAACAUUCCGAUAUCUUCCACGAGGAACUCGCGAAGUUUACACUAUGGGCUCUCAAAAUGUAUGAUGCGACUGCAAAAGUACCUUCUGGCCUACUGAAUGGAAACAUUAAUCAAUUCGGUGAUUUUGAUGAAUGCAUUGGUGUCGAAGGCAAAAAUGACAUUCGAGGACAGUAUUGCUUGGCAUAUUUACAGUUGGAUGUCGAUCAAUCUCGACCAGAUCUUAAAUAUUUGCAUCGUCUGCUACAUUCGCACUAUGCAUUCCGCAGUAACAUGACAGACCCUGGUCACAGAGUGCCGCGUUUUAGCACUAUAAAUUGGGCUGUAUGCACACCCGCAUCAUGUACAGCCCAAGAUGUGAAGGCUUCUCUUCAACAUGCUGUCUCAAAAUAUACGACUCAAACUGGUCUCAAAAUUACAUUGCAUGUGGAUGAGGAAAUGUGUCAAGUGAACAAGGAACUUGUUCUAUCAAAAGCGACAAUCGCUACUAGUCUUCUCUUCGCUACUGUGUUAAUCCUGACUCUUGUAGCUGCGUACUACGAUCACUACAAAAUAUCGGCCAGUGAAUUGCUUCUAUCAUUUUCUUUAAAGCGUAAUAUGCAGAAACUUUUCUCAUUGGAAAGACCGCAAGGCGACAUAGCAUCGCUCCACGGUAUCCGAUUUUUAAAUAGUGUUUUACUAGUUAUAGCUCAUAAGAGUAUGGCGGCGUUUUUUACUCCCUACGUGAAUCGGACUUAUAUGAGUGAGUUUUUAGGUAGAUCGUGGACUGUCAUAGGAAGAGCAGCUAGUCUUUAUACUGAUCCGUUCAUUAUGUUGUCCGGUCUGUUAACGACAUAUUCGUUCGUAGGCAGAUUAAACAAAACCGGGAAAUUGGAUAUCAAGAGCGAAUACUUGUCGCGCUUGUUGAGAUUAGUACCGACUUUAGGAGCGCUGAUAUUAUUUUGUACUCACAUCAUGCCGUACAUCGGAUCUGGACCACAGUGGCCGUUGGUGGUGACCAAUCACGCGAAUAUCUGCAAAAAAACGUGGUGGCGGAAUUUUUUAUUUAUUCAUAAUUAUUUUGGAUUCGAAAAUAUGUGUCUUACACAUACGCAUCAUGUGGGAAUAGACACGCAAUUGUUUGCGAUUUCACCCGUGAUGGUGUUGCUCCUAUAUAAAAAACCAAAGAUCGGCGUUAUUGUACUUGGUACAAUAGCCGUGAUAUCUACGAUAUUAAGAUUUUACGUCACGUAUACCAAAUAUCUUAACAAUUAUGUAUACUUUGGCACAUCGAUAAAACAGUUAUUUGAUACUGCUGAUUUCUCCUAUACAUUACCAUCACAUAGAUUAACUGUUUAUAUCAUAGGCAUUUUUGCGGGCUAUUUACUUCGAAAUAUACCUAAAGAUUUCAAACUGAGCGCAACAGCUCUUUAUACAGGUUGGACUGUGUGUACUAUAAUGUUUUUGGCGGCUUUUAUCGGGCCUUCUAAAAUGGGAUCAAUCGAUUACGUAUACGAUCCGAUCCACGCAGCUACUUAUAACGCGUUCGCUCCUAUCGGAUGGUGCGGAUUGUUUCUUUGGAUGGCAGUAACACAGCAUACUGGCAGUUCAAACGGAUUCUUGAAUAAAUUAUUUUCUUGGCGAGGAUUUCUCAUUACUACGAGGAUAAGUUAUGCUAUUUAUUUAACGCAAUUUCCAAUAUAUUUUUACAAUGUUGGGCAAACCCGCACUGCAGAGCAAUAUGAAUUUUUUAGCAUAAUGAUAAAUUUAAAGGAAAUAAUAUGGAUUAUUUUCAUGUCCAUAAUUCUUACCCUGCUAUUCGAUUCACCAUUCCAAAAUCUAAAAAAUCAUAUACUGAAAAAACCAGUAUUACAAAAAGAUAAAACAAAGUCAUCUAAGAUAGAAUAAAUCUAAACGAUUCGAAUUAAAUGUUUUAUCUUCAUCACUACAACCUAGAAUUUUGUACAUAAUGCUUUCAUUUUUUAAUCCUACGGACGUAAUUAACGUCUAGUAUAUAUGAAAACUAUAAACUAAGUAGAGAGAAAAAUUAAAAUAUA